GUAGCUUGCUUAUACUCGAUUCAAAUCGCAAAAGCCUUAUUAACAACAUAUCAUUUCAAAAGCAAAAUGCAGGCUGUUCUUAGCAUCGCUGUUCCUCCCCUUCUCCCUUCAACACUUUCCAAUAAUAACCCUUCUCAGUUCCCUUUGAUCUCAUUUAGUUCUCACUGCUCUCGUCGCUCGGCCAUCAAAGCAACCGCCUCGGUCGUCUACGACGCAUCGAUCGUCGAUUAUAGUUCUGCUAUCUCGGUGUUUCCAGCAGAAGCAUGUGAGACAAUAGGAGGAGAGGCAUGUUGGGCAAAUAUGUUUCCAGAAGUGAGGAUUCAGCCUUCACUUAACAAUCAAAAACCCGCCGUUGCUUUGGAGGAGAUUGAUAGAGAAUAUCUUGAUUAUGCCGAUUCAAGGACUGUUUUCCCAGGAGAAGCUUGCGAUGAUCUUGGUGGAGAAUUCUGCGAACCCGAGUUUCUAAAUAGCGUUUUCUAGUGUAUUUCUAUGUACUUUUAAUUGUAUUUAUACACAAAAAAGGGCUCUCUCUUUAGCCCAUAUCAUAGCUUCUGUAACUGUAGCCCACUUUUCGCCAUUCUCAACGCUUAAAUAUUUUUACCUUUUUCUUUCCCUCUCUUCUCUUUUGAAUUAUAUUUGAAAACGGAUCCUUUCGCAA